AUGGAUCUGCAUGUGGCAUUUCAGAUUCCUACUGGUGGCAGCCCUGUAGAAGCACCUUGUGCAGGCAUGGGGGCGAGUCCAAUAUUGGUGUAUCCUUGCCCAGACCAGCAUGUUGUGUGCAUUGACUGCUUUAAAGUGUAUGCCCAGACGUCUCUGGAUCAGAGGACGUUCAUAGAAGACCAAGAGGUGGGAUAUUCACUUUCCUGUCCUGUUGGGUGUGAAAAUUCAUUGAUACAUGAUGUCCAUCAUUUCCAACUGCUUGGCAAAGACCAGUACGAGCGCUACAAGGACUUUGGUGCAGAGGAGUGCCUGUUGAAGUCUGGCGGUAUAUUCUGUCCAAACCCUGGCUGUGGGGAGGGGAUCUUAGUGGUGGAACAGGCCAGAUCUGUCAAGUGCCAUACCUGUCGCUUUGAGUUUUGCCGCCAAUGUAGCAGUGCCGUCGAUCCAGGGGAAUGCUCCAUAGAAAGGAUAGCAGAGGAAACAUCAGGGUCUCAGGGCAUCGAUACAGAGCGGGCCCUUAGAUCGAGAUGGGACGCAAUAUCUCUGAUCACAAUUCAACAGAUAUCUAAACCGUGUCCACAUUGUGGGGUCAAAACAGAGAGAAAUGGUAUUUAUGUGUAA